GGCCAUGGUGACUUCAUGUGCCGGGGGAGUCUCGUCCUUUUAAGGUUUUCUCCUUCGUUCCUCACCGCGGUCACAGGCACCCGGCUCCCGAGCACUGACAAGAAAAGCCUAACAAAAAUGAAGAUCUGGGCGUCAGAGCACAUUUUCAACCAUCCAUGGGAGACGGUGACCAAGGCGGCGAUGCAGAAGUACCCCAACCCCAUGAACCCCGGUGUGUUUGGUGUGGAUGUUCUGGACAGAAGCGUGGACACAGAGGGCCGGUUACACAGUACCAGACUGCUCAGCACAGAGUGGGGGCUUCCCGCCAUGGCCAAGACUAUGUUCGGGGUAACAAGAACAUGCACUUAUGUUCAGGAACAUUCAGUUGUGGACCCCAAAGAGAAGAGCUUUGAGCUGAAAUCUACAAAUAUCUCCUUCACUAACCUGGUGUCUGUGGAUGAGAAGUUGACGUACAAGCCACAUCCGCAGGAUCCUGAAAAGACGGUGCUGACCCAGGAGGCUCUGAUCAGUGUGAAAGGCAUCAGUCUGAGUAGCUACCUCGAGAGUCUCAUGGCCAAGACCAUCUCUGCAAACGCUGGCAAGGGUCGGGAGGCAAUGGAGUGGGUCAUCAGACGAUUAAACACAGAAAUCGAGGAGUUGGCGGCGACCGCUCGUGGUACUAUACGUGCGCCAAUGGCGGCAGCGGUCGCUGACAAAUGAUCCCGGCCUUCCCACUGCUUCGUCCACCGCCAUGAACCGAUGGGUCUCUGACGUUUCACCUCACCUAAUCUGCCAACACAGCCCCAUCCGCCGGCCCUAUGUACUUUUUUGUUUCUGUGCGUUUGUCCCUCCUCAGCAGUCUGCGCAGACGAGUUUGAUUCUUGCCGCCGUGGGCAGUGACGGGGAGUGUUGAGCUGAUGGCAUUUAAAAAAAAAAAAAAAAAAAACCCAGUUUAAUCGGACUGCAUUUGAAGCUCAGUCUUGUGGUGUUUAAGCUCUUAUUUUUUUAAUUCACAUAGUGCCUCCAUAUUUCAUCUAUUUCUUCUCGUCUGUCUCUCCCCCCCCUUCAUCUUGACUUGUUCAUCUGUCUCUAAUGUUCUCUUCUUAUUGUUUCCAAACCCUCGUUAGCAGGUUGAGUACUGGUAACCGCUGAAAUUAAGUCACUUUUCUCUAACUUUUUUUCUGGAUUGGCUGACCUUGCUUUGUACAGCAGAACUGACCAAAUGAUCUCAAAGCCACAUGCGGGCUGUAUUAUAGUGACGCACUGCUUCAGCACUCGUUUCUUGUGGUAUCGAAGCUCCAGGCUUUUUAUUCUCCACGGUCAUGCGAGGUCAGAUAAUCCAGAUUAAUCUGCUGUCUUUUCCGCCACCUGGACUUUCUCACAGAUGGAUUUGCUGUGAGCUGCAGUCGGAUCUGAGUUCAGACAGGAAGGCCCUUGUGGGUGUACUUUCAUGGUGCUGUAACACUUACGGUGCUUGUCCAGUUCUUGUACAGCUGACACUCGUGUGCCAUCAGGUGGAAAUCUACCAGCAUGGUGGACUAACGACUACUUUAUUCUGGUCAUACAAAUGGAUGAAAAUGACUUUGUUUCUUGAAGUCUUUCUUACCGUUUGUUAGUUUUGUCUCUUACACUGAUGUGUUGUGUUACAGAAUAUGACUGUGCGUACUGAAUGUCUAACUUAUUUUCAGCAUGUUCACUGAAAUGCGUUUAAAGUGCGGAAUUGUGACUGUUCAGCAGUGUUGCAGAAGGAGCUCUGCAGGGUUACAUUCAGGAUCACUGAGUGUGCGAACUGAAAAUGUGAAGAUUGAAGUAAUAGUACUGAUUUAAUACCCCAAAACACUUUAUUUAUGAUCUUGUCUGUUUUCUUAAUGUCUAUAGAUGGUGUUAUUUAUGGUAUAUUUGUUUUAGUGAACAUUGACAAAGUCUGUGUUCAUUUUAUUCUACAUUUAACUUCUUUAUCCCACAUCAGACUCUCAGGUUGACUUCAGUUCAGUUCCCCUGUUUGCUCCCUCCUUUAAGACCACAUUAAGAUGAAGGUAACAUUAUUGUAACUCUUGUUUGUUCUUUUCUGCUCUUCUCCUCUUUUGGAAUUUAAUAAGGACAGUUCUACAGAUUUAAGUUUACAUUAAAGGGGUUUGUGGUACAAUGAAAGCUAUUUGAAGUUUGUUAAUAAAACUCGGCAUCACAAGUGUUCAAAGACGCUCCACGGUUGGCAUCCUGCUCAACUGUCAUUAGUUCAGUAGAUUGGUGUAUACAACAGGUCAGUCUUUCUCACGCCUGCUUCCAGUUCAGCUGAGCUUCUUGUUCAUAAUAAUCUAACUCCUCGUCGGGUCCAACUCAGGAUCACGCAGUAUGAAGUCUGGUCAGCUGUCUAAAUGACCCAACAGCCAUUUGGUAACCUCACCUUGUCUCCUUUCAUGACUGAAGUGUGAUGUUUUUCUAUGGUGAAGAUUUUAGGAACAGUGGCUGUAAAUAGGCUUAUAUUUAUAUUUUGGUGGUGUUACAUUCCAAGAAUGUGAACGUGUAAAAGGAUCCAAAUAAUGCACACUGAAAAGUUUCAAAAUAAAGAGAUGUCAUUGUUUCAUG